GAUACUUAUGAUGCUGGUGGAAAAAGAACAUGUUAUUUUCCUGAUGAUGAUAAAUAUUCCUUAAAACAAAUGUUUGAAAAAGAAAGGAAGACAACUAUUGAUGAUCAAAAUUCUGAAUUUGCACGAUUAUUUGCAAAGCAAUCUAAGAACGAUGACGAUGAAUCCUUCUUGGUCGAAGCAGCCAAAAUAAAGCCACAGAUAAAACAAGAAUAUCGCAACAGAAGCCAAGCGAUACAUGAACACAUGAGAAGAUCUUCAGCUCUGAAGAAGUGUCAGUUCUGUUUAGACAGUUCCCAUAUGAAGAAACAUUUAAUUGUUUCCCUUGGAAAAACUGUGUACUUAUCAUUGCCCAGUUGCCAAUCGUUAGUUGAUUAUCAUUGCUACAUUGUUCCAAUGGAUCACGUUACUUCUGGUACAUUAUUAGACAAAGACGUUUGGUCUGAAAUUCAGACCUUUAAAAAACGCCUGACUAAAAUGUUUGACGAAAUGGAUAAAACUGUUAUAUUUAUGGAGACAAGUAUACAUCACAGAUGGCAUCCUCAUUGUUUUAUUGAAUGCAUUCCUGUAUCAAAAGAAGAUGGUGAUGUGGCUCCUAUGUACUUCAAGAAAGCCAUAAUGGAAUCUGAAACAGAAUGGUCACUUAACAAAAAAUUAAUUGAUCUUUACAAGAAAGAUCUUCUUCAUUCGGUACCGAAAGGUUUACCGUACUUCCAUGUUGAAUUUGGUACAAGCGGUGGGUUUGCACACAUCGUCGAAGAGGAGAAACUAUUUCCUCUGUAUUUUGGAAAAGAAGUCAUCGGUGGAAUAAAGGGCAUCGCACCGAUCAGGUGGAGGAAGCCACCUAAAGAAGAAUUCAAAAAACACUGGAAAAAAGUAUUACAAUUUGAAAAGCAGUGGGAAAGGGCUUGUUAUGACCAGUUUUGCUGAAAUGAAAUUUCAAAACGUACUGAAGUGCCAUCAAAAAAUGUACUAUUUUCCUUCAAAAUGUACUAGUUCUAUGAAUACUUUA